AGCAAGGGUUGACUUUGAGCCCGAGCGCAUGCGUACCAAAGGAGAGAGACGACGCGGAGAAAGGAGAGAAGGAGACUGAGAAGGGCGCGUUACUCUCGUGGAGCUCCGUGUUUUCUCCGCCAUCAUGUUCCGUCUCAUGGCCAGCCAGGCUAGGAAACAUCCCAGCUUGAUUCCUCUCUUCAUCUUCAUCGGAGCUGGAGGGACCGGGGCCGCCCUCUACAUCAUGCGUCUUGCUCUCCGAAAUCCUGACGUCUGCUGGGACAAAAAGAAUAAUCCCGAGCCUUGGAACAAGCUGGGUCCCAAUGACCAGUACAAGUUCUUUGCUGUGUCCACCGACUACAGCAAACUGAAGAAAGAAGGGCCGGACUACUGAGCGCCAUCGCCUGGCGUUUCUUACCUUCCCUCCACAACAAGCUGCACAAAAGAACCCGAAGAAGGUCUGUCUUGAGGUCUUCCAGAAGCCAUCCGCACAAGGCAUCUCCAAUACUUCUCCUCCUCCAUCGUCCAGGAAAUUAACCAUUUCUCUUUUCGCACGUUGCACUUCAAUCAUGUUUUCAAAAGGUUAAGUAGUUAGUCGGGGAGGGAAAAGAAGGAGCUUGUUGGGACUUAAUAAAAACCAGUGCUUGAAAUCUUAA